AUGGACCGCGACAUGUCAUCAUCUCCAGAUCCCCUCAACGACUCACCUACAUAUCAUGGCACUACCAAGUCGCGGCGAUACUCAUCCCCAAGAAAAUCUCUUCCGGCCUACAGCAGUUCACCAAAGAAGCAGACCUUUGAGUUAGAUGUUGGGGAUCAGUUAACGUCACAGAAGAUUCGAGUGACGGUGGAGGCGGGCGAUUCGGAAUCCGAGGAUGUCUACGCAAAUUAUACCAACCCCAAUGGAAGGAAAAGAAGUUCGCUCCUAACCACCCACGCGCCCCGAAACCGCCAAAUGGAACAAACUACCACCACUACGGUCCGUGUGAAGGGGUUAUCGGAUACGGAAGGCGAAUCCCAACCUGUUGCAACUCCUAAGAAAGGGAGGGGACGGCCCCGGAAGUCUAAUGGGACGCCUGUUCCAUCAAAGAAACGUGGACGCACAUCCACUCCUACGCGGAAGGCCAGUGGUCGAAGAAGCUCCAUCUUAGACUUAGUGGAUGAUGAUACUAGUCCUGACGAUUUCGAUAUUGGUUCGAAUGCUAAGCUCGGGAAUUCGAGAGGCACGCCGCGGUCCAGAUCAAAGAAAGGAACGCCGCGAAAACCCACUCCGACAGCAAGGAAACAGCUCGAGGCAGAUAAGCUUGCAUCUAAUACGCCUAAAAAAAGGGGACGGCCCAGAAGAAAGGCCCUGUUGCCGGAAGAUAUCCAGGUUCUGGAGGAUGGGAUUGCCCAUGCUAGCGACCCGGAGGAUGCGGCAGAUCCGGAGAAUGAGGAAGCUCUGCGUCCUAUUGACACCAACAGCCCUUCGAAAUACUCUACUAUUCGGUCAACAACUACAGUUGAUGGCGAUCAGGAAGAUGUUCUGAUCGCUAGGUUUUAUCCUGGGCAUGAGACACCUCGAAAAACAGGCUGGUCAAGUCCAAAGAUAGUAGACACUCCGGCAAUUUCAAAUCCAGAUUUAGACGCUAACUACCAAUCGUCGAAUUAUCACCAGUUCUCAUCUGGCGAAGAAGAGCCACUGUCGCCCAGCCAAGAUGGAAACGGCGAAGACCAACACGAAGACGAAGAUGAUAUCGGCCAAACUAGGGAGUUCGAUACCAUCAUGGAGAGUGAAGAAUUCAGUAUGAUAUCGGUCGACUCGGUCCCCUCGCUGUGGGCCCAUCGCAGCAGCCCAGCCGGUGGGAUUCAGGUCGAUGUAUCGGCAGAACUGGCCCCAAGUCAUAGUCUCCUUCCAACACGAGAUAUGGAAACUGUUGAUCAGGGAAGCACCUUUAGAUCAAUCUCAGACGACCAGUUAGAGGAAGAUCCCCCCCAAAAGAGAUUCCAAGACCCAAGGUUGCUCUCCGCUCGAAGCGCCCAAGUCGAAGACUCUUUCUCCAGCAUACCCCCUCAUGUUCUCAAAGCAGCAACGCCCGCUAAGAAAUCACAUAUAUCGAAGUUGCAGUCUAAUGACAAUUCGGUAGAAGACUCUUUCUCCGACAUAGCGCCUGAGGUGCUUGAAGCAGCAACUCCAGGCAGGUUACUUCCAGAUGUGCGGUUUUUAGCAGCGACGAUAAAGCAUGGCGAUGAUUAUGAAGACUCUUUUUCCGCUAUCCCGUCUGUGGUCCUUGACGCAGCUACCCCGGCAGCCAAAUGCCAGGAAUCAGUCAAGUCGAGAGACUCGAGACAAGGAGGUUCAGAGCCUGACAAGUUAAAGGUUAUCGGCUCAAACUCAAACUUAGGUUCAUCCCGCGGUCAAAAACAUACGAGUCCUCGACUUUUGACCCCCGAGGAGACUCCAUCCCCCCUUCUGGAAAGCCUUGAUUGCAGUCCCACAUCAACUAGUAAAAUAUCAUCACAGUUUGCUGCAUAUGUGACGAAAGAGGGGCUAGAAAAUGAGCCAUCUAUCUCUCGCUCUCAUAUGCCUUCUUCCCCUCCAGCACUAGCACCACGCAUAUACGAUCACAGCGCACAUAUUCGUCAACAUCACCAACAAAAUUCAAGUAGAGUUGAGACUCCAUUCAUCACGUUCUCAUCUCCCUCUUUACCACCACCAAUACAGCAGCCUGGAGAACAGCUUUCUUGCUCUCAAGAGUCGUCGGAAAGCCAGAGACCAACUCUUUCGCCCAUUGCCCGUGCUGGACGUGCGCUUCAGGAUCUCGUUGUGCCUUCUCAAUCAAGAUCCCGGUCACAAAGUCUGGGGAGCCCCUUUAAAAGUCCCGCCAACCGAAAGAGUCCAAGUACUGUACCAGAGUCCCAUCCAUCGCCCUUGCGGGAUCCGGGCGAGCAGCCACUUCCAACUCUAGCUUUGAGUGGUAAUUUAUCACCAUUCCCGUUGCAGAAUGCCGAAUGGGGUUACACAGUCAGACAAGACGACCCAUUUCACAAUACCACUCUUGGAAGUCAGCAAACUUCUCCCGAGGAAAGAGGCCAAUAUAGCCUAGGACUACCGGGGCAGCGGCGCCUUUCCGACCCUACCAUAAAUAAUCGAUUUGAUACCGGGUCCCUUCAAAACGACGAUGCGAUGAGCUGGCAAGCAGAUGAAGAGAUUCCCAUCGAUAAUAACCCGGCAUCCAUGGCAAAUAUCGCCAAUUCGUCAGUGGGCGCCCAAAGAUUAUCGUCAGACGCGGCUGCAUAUUUGCCCAGUACCAAAAGUCACAAUAUAUCAGCGGGAGUGAGCAUACAGAAUGCAACUACCAAUUUUAGCCAGCCCGUUGCCACUGGCUCCGACGGGGAGAAUCGCGAAUACCAUCAGAGCGAUGAUGCUGAUUUCGAUUUGCUGUUAGAGACGAUGAACUCUUCUUCCACAAAUGCAUCACACCCACAGGAACAACCUACGGAUGUAGUAGAACGGCCCAGACGCAGUAAGAUCCCCAGUCCAUGGAGGAAAAACAGCAGACGGCUGGUAUACAGCGAUGAGCUCUCACAUAUCUCAUCUUCUGCCAUCAAGACUGGGCACUCCCAUACUAGAGAUAUUAUGAGCGGAGCAGUACCCGAGUUUGUCACGGUCCGACGCAUCGAAACCGGCCAUCAAGAUUCUAAUGAUGUUGAUGUCAUGGAUCUCUCAGGAUAUCAAAUUCCUCAAAAGGCAAAUUUCCAACCCCGCGCCCGAGAAACUGGUGCCUUAGACUUGUCCGCUCUUCUAGGGGAUUCUCCGUCGAAGGCCCUUCCUGUCCUUACAACUAGCUCAAGGAAUAUUCCAUCUCAAGUGGAGAGAAACUUGGAGAGGUCGCAGCCAAUAGAGACAGACUGGGAGAAGAGUUCAGACCCCAUCGAAAAUACUCUAGAAGAUCAGGAGCCAUUCACUCCUAUUCCCCAGAAGCAGGGAUUUAGACCGAGAGCACGCAGUGAAGUCUCUGAAGUCUUUACCUCCAGUCCCGUAAAACAACCAAGCUUUGACCUUUUUGGUUGUGUAUCCAAGCCUCCAUCCAGAGCACCUGGCGACGCCCGUUCCACUUCGAAGCCGCUAGUUGCUAAACCUGCAACCACUGGCAACAUCCCCGUUUCACGGAUUACUCCCUCAGGGGUUCCUUCUGCUGGCUAUCUAUAUGACGGCAGCUCAUCAGUUGCUUCAAACACAGAGAAAGAAAAUCAUGAUUUUGCGAGAACACUCAAAUGGACUGAAAACCUGGAACUAGCUUUAGCCGAUGGACAUGUGCCAUUCCAAGUUUCACCCACUAAAUCGUGUCUCCGUUCGCCCCUCAAAACACCGUUUGGCAAUUUAGGAGCUUCAAAUGUGAGCCCCAGCAAAGGCGUCACAUUUGUAUCAUCCUCCCCCACACCAUCUUCCCCCCUUCAGCUAUCAGCCACAACUUGGUCGAAUGCGCAUUGGUCCCUACUUAGCAGUAUUGUCCAGGCCUGGAAACCGCAGAAUCAGCGCUUCACUGGCCGUCACAGUAGCGCAGGUGGGAGUGAUAGCAGCACAGGAAGGAGGAGAAAUUCCACAAGAAUCAUCAGUAAAUUGCUAGGUAGGAGGGUUCAUUCGGAAGGAAAUGGGAUGGUUUUGGAGCAGUGGCAUUUAGAAGCAGUGGAUGAGUUCCGCGGCCAGGUGCCUGGCUGGGAGGAGAAGGUUAUUGCGUUGAGGGUCUUUUCGCUCCUUGUGGGUGAAGAGAGGAGGAUGCUCCGCGCUCUUGAACGCGAGGCGAAGUCAGAGGCCAGCUAUUGA